AUGGAUGAUGAGCCAGAGAAGGACAACGGUGGAAAAAAGGUUUGUGUUAUUCUAAAAAAUAAACGGACCAAAUCUCGGUUACAUAACAGUAAAAUGAGGUUUUGUUUCAUUUUUUCAAAAUUUUUUGAUUUUGGAUGGAAUUUGGGAAAGAUUGGCAUCAAGUUUGAAAAAAAAAAUUACCCAAGAAAAUUUAAGACAAUAGAUAGUACUCUCUCGGUCGCAAUAAUUAAUUUUAAUGAGAUGAAAAACCCUCGUAGCAAUAUAUGCGGACAAAAUAACUACACCAGGCUUGAGGAAACUAACAUUAAUUGAAAGUACGAAAAAAAUAAUUCGUCAAAUGAACGUAAAAAAUAUAUAUUUGCGAAAAAGUAGAUUUAAUGUUGCUAAACGGUCCUGCCCACGCACACAGGUAACCAAAGCGUGUGAAAAAUCAGUGGCUUGAUAAAAAAAAGAGUCAUGACAGUUAAAAAAGAAGUAAAGAAUCAGGGAAAAGUUUCAAAUUAGUUGAAACGAAAUCGAGUAGGAUCGAACAGCGAAAAAUUGUCGCAAUUUGAGGUUGAUGUUAGUCAGGAAAUGACGUAAUAACAGUGUCUUCGCGUCGUCGCGCCUUUUUUUUUUGUAACUUUUCACGAGGCUCCCUUGGCAAUUUCGCUCCAACCCAACUAGCAAACAGUAGUUUUCUGCAUAAUCUUUAUCAGCGUCCCCAAGUUCUCAAGGUUCCUUCACCGCAUUGAGAUGUAUAUAUGAAGAGCUUUAGGCCAAAGGCACAUUGUUUUUAAUUACUCCAAAAGAAACCAAGGAAUUUGAGCGAAACUCACUUCUGAGUCGAAGUUAAUUCGCAUUUCUUCAGUUCGGACUCCUGCUUCAAAAGUAGCAUUCAGGUUCGAGUUCAUUUGCCAGACCUACCGCCUCCGUGGGAGGCGUAUUUCCACAAAGUGAGGAAGAAGCUCUUCUACUUGAACCGUGAAACAAAAACCUCCGUUUGGUAUUAUCCAAUACGUAUGUUAGAUAGAUCUUCUUCCAACUUAUUUUUUUUCAGCGUCGAGUCCUGUCUCAAAUGAAAAAAACUUGGAGAAGCCAAGGUGAGCAACGUGAGCUUUUGAAUUUCUGGGAAAUCGAAUUUUCAGCUUCACGCACUAUGUUAAACCCGACAGGAAGUCGAUGGCUUGUCCAUAUGGCCGGUCCGAUUCGAAAAAGGAAAAAGACAAGAAACGGUAAUUCAUAGAGACUGGUCCUUCUGUAUUCAUCGUUUGCAGAAACUGCGAACGGCCACGAGCUUAUCCGUCGACGAGUUCCGCAGAUUUCAAGGUUUUUUUUUGCAUUUGAAAGUAACAUAAAAGCUUAAGCAUUAAAUUAGUGUGAAAAAUUUUUUUUUAAAAAUCACUCGAAACAGUUACUCGCGUCGUUUCUGAAAAAAGCUUCAUUGCUCAAGAAAAUUUCAAUAUUUCUAACUAGGGGACGUUUUUUACCCCCCGGUUGAACUUGACGAAACUUCGCUGAAGUGUACUUUAAGAUCUUCUGAUUCCAAAAAAAGAGGAACAUUUCUCGCAAUAAUAACAAUAAUUUAUUGACAGAUCAGCGUGAACCCUAACGAGUUCACUUGGGUCUAGAAUUUAAGAGAAUACAUUAUACAGUUAUACAUCAUUUGAGUCGUGGAGGAAUAGACAAGAGGGCAAAAAGUUCGAACUGGGGAAAAUGAUCGAUACCGAAAAAAAUUUUAUGUAGGGUGAGAAUUUCAGAUAUAGCUCGUCUGAAGUAAAGUGGAGAGACGGAGAUCUCGUUUUCAAGUUAGGACCCUUCAGAAGCUUGAAAUAGCGCUUUUUUGACAUAAUUUGUGUGUUUGGCACAAUUUGAAGCUCCAAAACUCGGAAACAAGAUCUAUUGCGAGAAGUUUUCUCUUUGUUUUUGCAAUCAGCGGGUUCUAAAGUACACUUCAGUGAAGUUUCAUCAAAAGUUCAACCGGGGAAAACGUGAAGAAAAAGUUGAAAAGGAUAGACAAAAAAAAACGCUUUUCGGAGAAAAAUUUCAAAACAGGUAUUGAUUUUAAAAGAAAAAUUUUUUUUUCUCGAGUUGCAAUAGGCUUUGUUGACUUCUUACAUUUGCAAAGUUGAAAAUGAGAAUCAAAAAUUACCAAAUAAUUUUUUUCUGCAUCGCGAUCUGAGCACUUCUUGAGGGUCGCGUGAGUCAGUCUUUUUUCCAAGCUACUUACGUUAAAACCAAUAUUUUUUCGAUCUUCCCCGAAAAUCUUUAUAGUCGUACUCUUCUUCUUCAUUCGACAAAGCUCACGAAUGGCUUUACAAGCAAAAUUUUUCUGCUUGUGUGGUUUUGGACACGUCCGCUCUCAUGAAACAGCCUGGCCUGCUCGAAAUGAACGCUUCCAGUUCGUCUUUUCCGAUAUUUCUCUUUGAAGGUUUCGGUUCAGAAAAAGUUCUUUCGAUUGUACCGCUAAAUACGAUCCAAGAACUCGAUCUUCUGAAGAACGCCGACACUACGAAGAAAAUGAAUGUUAGUUUAAUGAGGCUUCAAAGUUGAAAUUCAAGUUAUAGUUUAUGAAACUGAAUUUUGAAAAUCAAGAUUCACGUAAUUAGCAGCUCUAGCUCUUUACAAAGGAUCAGGUAGCAGGUCUAUUUCUCUUCAGAUCUCAUUUUGUUGCCAGUGUGCCACUGUUGAGAAUCACCGCAUAAAAAAAUUUAUAAUCGUUUUUCGGUUUCUCAAUUAAUUUUUUUCCGCUGUCAAGUUUUAUCAGAAAAAAAUCGAAAAAAAUUUAAAUUUUUGUUUUUUUGUUUUUCCGGGAAUUGGUUUUUGGGCGGAAAUUCAAAAAGAAAAAAAUAUAAAAAGUUCUUCGUUGAUAUUUAAAUCUUAUAGAUCGAACUUUAUAGAAUGCUCGAAGAGCCGGUCGCGAAUUGGUGCAUGAGACAACCUACAAUCCUUCUUUCAUCAAAAUGGAAUCCGAAAUGGAGGUUUUUUUUUUCCUAUUUUAUCAGUUUUGUUUUCUUUUUUAGAAACGCACUCCGUUGCUCAAUUUCAACCCCAGAACGAACGACGACUACAUCAUGAAGUGCGCCCUGCAGUAUCGCGAAAAAGGUAAUUUUUCCUCCAAAGGUAAAGUCGGUAAGGGUGUAAAAAGGCUUCAUAGAAACUUUCAAAUAAAGGAAAUUCUCUUUUUUUUUGCUGCCUUUUUGUGCCAUUUAAUCGGCCCUAAUGUAUUGUUUUUACCGCCUCUCCCCUUUCAUUUCUUAAGCCUUUGAAAUCCCAGAAGAGAAAUUGAAGGUUCGAUAAAGGGACCCUUUUUGCUUCCUUUCUGCGGCCUUUUUGAGCCUCUUCAUUUAUGCAGCAGGGUUGCACGGAAGAUAAUUGCGGAAGAAAACUUGAAUAGAAUUUUCUGGAGGGUACAAUUUUUUUCAUCGUAAGAAUUCUGAUGGGAGUGAAUCUAGGAGUGUUUGCAAGUUAUAACAGUGAACGUGUGUCCUUUGCCUUCCAAGUCGGGAAAAACUGACUAAAAGAGGGUUUAUGACUUUCAAAAAACAAUGUGUGUGGUUUUUGCAGUAUUACUGGCUCGUAUCGUGUCGGAAAGACGUUUCCAGUUUCUUUCUAAUGACAACAACUUGAUAUUACGAGCCAGAGGACAAGGUCUGAACGCUUUGAGCACGGACGUGAGUUCUGGAAAGCAAACUAAGGAAUUGGGGGAAAAAAUUAAUAAAUUGGGAUUGCAGGAGUACCUCGAAAAGAUGGGUUUUCGGUCAUCAGAUUUGCCGGCGUCUGACGAAGAUCUCCUUGUCACUUCUCAGUAUUAUCGACUUCCAGUUUCUUCGUGCAGUUCUGCUCUAUCGCCACCAGGUUCUUGUAUUUUGCGUUUAUUUUUUGAAAGGAAGAAAUUGAUUAAUGUUGAAGGUCGGCAAACCUACAGUUCUGAGAAAAUAAGUGGGCAUUUUGCUAAUUUUUUGAAUAUUUUUCAAACUUCUCUCGAACUCGUGAUCAAUAUUUUCUCUUGCAGAAAGUUCUAAAUGUGUUUUUUGAUCGUGAGAUAUUCAGAAAGUACAUGUCAAACGAUUAAUAAUUUUUAAAAGUGGUUUUUUUUCCAGAUAAGUUUACAUUUUCUAUAAAGAAACUAUAUGAAGUUGAAAUAUUGGUUUUCAUCAUUAAAUAUUCACCUUCUUGCCCGAAAAGGCGAUUAAUCGAGAGUUUAUAUGACUUUGGUCAUCUCAGAACGUCCUGUUCGUCCUUCAUCCGUUCCGUUGAGUGAGUACGAACUGGAGCGGGGGUUUGGAGAAGGUAGAAGCCGACUGCCGGAGCAAAAGAGUUCCUUGACACCGGACCGUUUGAUGUCUUCUUUCGGAUCGAAUAAACACGACUUUUCUCAAGUAAGAGUUAGCUUUUUCGAUUUAUACAAACCUGCAAAUAAACUGGUUAUCAUUUAUUUUUUUCAGAAAGAGGUAGAAGCUUUGAAAAUGGAUACAGAACAGGUCGAAGACGUCGAAAUGGAAGACGUCGCAGAAUGUUCUUCUGUACAGUCUUCUCAGGAACCAACAAACGUUUUCGACCGUUUAAAAAAGGCGCUGCGGCAGAACCCCGACGCUCUUCGAAACCAACAUUAUCAAAGGGAGAAGCCUAGUCCGGCAAGUUGUUUUUUGCGUCUGAACUCGGUUUAAAAAGAACUCAGCAGCUGGUUUUUGGGACGAAAGGGAAACUCUUCUUCCCCUAUCUAUCAGCGAUCUUUCAGGAACCUGCCGUCACAACGAAAAGAAUAGGGUUUCCUCUGCCACAUCCAAGCGAAGAAGGUCGUCGAGUCAGCUAUACCACUUAUUAUUAG